ACUGCCCCGGGAGAGCCGGCCCUCCUCUGGACCAGGACUGGAGCUGCCCACGGAGCCGUGUCUGCCGCAGAGUAGCCAGCAUGCUGCGCUGCCUGGUGCCCCGUCUGCUGUGCCUCCAAGGCAGGACUGCCCAGUACUCCUCAGCUGCAGCCCUCCCCAACUCCAUCCCGAACCCGGACAUCCGCUACAGCCAGCUCUUCAUCAACAAUGAAUGGCGUGAUGCAAUCAGCAAGAAGACCUUUCCCACAAUCAACCCUACCACAGGAGAGAUCAUUGGACAUGUGGCUGAAGGGGACCGGGCUGAUGUGGAUCAGGCUGUGAAAGCAGCCCGGGAGGCCUUCCGUCUGGGGUCACCAUGGCGCCGUAUGGAUGCCUCAGAGCGAGGCCGACUCUUGAACCGAUUGGCUGACCUGGUGGAGCGGGAUCGUGUGUACUUGGCCUCACUGGAGACCUUGGACAAUGGGAAGCCUUUCCAAGAGUCUUACGCCUUGGACCUGGAUGAGGUUAUCAAAGUGUACCGCUACUUUGCUGGCUGGGCUGACAAGUGGCACGGCAAGACCAUCCCCAUGGAUGGGGAGCAUUUCUGCUUCACUCGUCAUGAGCCUGUGGGUGUCUGUGGCCAGAUCAUCCCAUGGAAUUUCCCCUUAGUGAUGCAGGGCUGGAAGCUUGCCCCAGCACUCGCCACAGGCAACACUGUGGUUAUGAAGGUCGCUGAGCAGACCCCUCUUUCUGCCUUGUACUUAGCCUCCCUUGUCAAAGAGGCUGGCUUUCCCCCUGGUGUGGUGAACAUCAUCACAGGCUAUGGCCCUACAGCAGGAGCAGCUAUUGCCCAGCACAUGGAUAUUGAUAAAGUUGCUUUCACUGGCUCCACUGAGGUAGGCCACCUGAUCCAGAAAGCUGCAGGUGAUUCCAAUCUCAAGAGAGUCACCCUGGAGCUGGGUGGAAAGAGCCCAAGCAUUGUGCUGGCUGAUGCAGACAUGGAUCAUGCUGUGGACCAGUGUCAUGAAGCCCUCUUCUUCAACAUGGGCCAGUGCUGCUGUGCUGGUUCUCGGACCUUCAUUGAAGAAUCUAUCUAUGAUGAGUUCCUCGAGAGAGCUGUGGAGAAAGCCAAGCAGAGGAAAGUUGGAAACCCUUUUGAGCUGGAUACCCAACAAGGUCCCCAGGUGGACAAGGAGCAGUUUGACCGAAUCCUGGGCUAUAUCAGUCUUGGCCAGAAGGAGGGGGCAAAGCUUCUUUGUGGUGGGGAGCGUUUUGGGAAGCAUGGUUACUUCAUCAAGCCAACGGUCUUUGGUGAAGUGCAGGAUGACAUGAGAAUUGCUCAGGAGGAGAUCUUCGGGCCUGUGCAGCCUCUGUUCAAAUUCAAGAAGAUCGAGGAGGUGAUUGAGAGGGCUAACAACACCAGAUAUGGGCUGGCUGCUGCUGUGUUCACGCGGGACCUGGACAAGGCCAUGUACUUCACCCAGGCUCUCCAAGCAGGGACUGUGUGGGUGAACACAUACAAUAUUGUGACCUGCCACACGCCAUUUGGAGGCUUUAAGGAAUCUGGCAAUGGGAGGGAGUUGGGGGAGGACGGGCUUCGAGCCUACACGGAGGUGAAGACAGUCACCAUCAAGGUUCCUCAGAAGAACUCGUGAGAACAGCCUCACAGAGGCCCAGCCCCAUGUCCAGCCAUUUCACAGCCAGCUGAAACAGUGGUUGCCAAAUGAGUUUUAGGCAUGAGACCCCUUUAUUUGUUCCAAAUACAAGGGAACCCCAACAAAUCAGGCAGUUAAAGUAGAGCUAUUCUACUUGAAACAGGCCCAGAGUCUAGGCUCAGAGUCUUACCCACCAGCUCCCCAGCCCCUGAUUACUUGAUGGCACUUGAUUUACUUCUGUGAAAGCUUAGCAGUCUCUGGAAGACCAAAUAAAAACCACUGAUUAGAUGGACAGUCACUUAGUCCUUUCUGCAGAUCCAGGUACUUUGUAGCAGAUUAAUUUAGUGGCUUUGUGGAUGGACUCAACUCAGACAUAAGAUUGAAAGGUGUUAGAAACUCUGAACUAAGUGGACAUUCAAUCUUGGUCCUCUUCAUCAACAUAAGUGGAAAACCAAGGCUGCUUUUUUCUUCUAAGUACCAAUUGUUGGCUGUUUUGUUUGCUUGUCCUUUUUGCUCCUGGUUUUUCUUAAUCUGAAGGAAGAGGUAGGCAAAGCAUGAAAUUACAUAAUCAUACCUUCAAAAUGUCUGUCAGCUGUUGUGCAGAUAAACAAAAUGUUUGCAUGGAGUAUUCAACUAUUAACCACAGGAAGAAUGAAGUACUUCUUUUGAGAUCAUGCUCUAUGAAAGAAGCCACACAUUCAAGGCUACAUGUUACAUGUUUGCAUUUAUAUGAAAUGUUCAGACAAGCAAAUCUAUAGAGAUAGCAAGUACAUUAGUGAUUAACGAGGGCUAAAGAAGAAGUGAAUGGGGCCUAACUGCUUGUGGGUAUGAAAUCUUUUAGGGGGAUAUUUUGAAAAUAUUCUGGAAUUGGACAGAAUAUUCUGGUUGUACAACUUUGCAAAUGUAUUAAAAAGUGUUGA